GAGAAAGAUCCUUUGAGCCCUCCCUCUUUCCCUUCCAUUGACAGAACUGCAACCCGCCUCCAGAUGCGGAGGAUUGUGGGUACCACCAACCCGUCCGCCGUCGCCCUCUGUCAGCGCCGGAGGUAAAGUGGCGUGAGAGCCCGUGCGCGAGUGAGAUUUGUUGCUGCCGGGGUUUCCCGCUCCCUGGGCUUGGAAGACGCGGCGGCGAUGGGGGAAAAGUUCUGGCGGCGGCUGCCGAUCUCCCUGUCGCUACUCCUGCUGUUUCCACCUCUUGACGCCUCGAACUUCGCUACCGCCCUGGACAGCGACUUCACUUUCACUUUGCCCGCGGGCCGUAAGGAGUGCUUCUUCCAGCCCAUGCAGAACGACGCCUCGCUGGAGAUCGAGUACCAGGUUUUAGAUGGAGGCGGGUUAGAUGUUGACUUUCACCUGAUAUCACCCAAUGGUGAAACCCUAGUGUUUGAACAGAGACAAUCCGAUGGAGUCCACACAGUGGAGACAAAGGAUGGUGAUUACAUGUUCUGCUUUGACAACACAUUCAGCACCCUCUCAGAGAAGGUGAUCUUCUUUGAACUGAUCUUAGAUAAUGUGGGAGGUGACGAAGAGCAAGAAGACUGGAAGAAGUACAUUACUGGCACAGAUCUUCUAGAUAUGAAACUGGAAGAUAUUCUGGAAUCUGUCAAUGGUGUCAAGUCCAGGCUAAGCAGGAGUAUUCAGCUACAGACCCUACUUAGAGCUUUUGAAGCUCGUGAUAGAAACAUACAAGAAAGCAACUAUGACAGGGUAAACUUCUGGUCCUUGGUCAACCUGGGAGUAAUGGUUGUGGUAUCAGCUGUUCAGGUUUAUAUGCUGAAAAGUCUUUUUGAAGAUAAAAGGAGAACUAGAACUUAAGACCCCAAUGUGAUAAGAACAAACACAGGGCAUAUGCAAUACACUGCUACAAAAAAAAUGGAUGUUACGUCCCAGCUUGUUUUGAACAGGCAACAUUAGCAUUCACCUGUGACUUUAACAUUGACAGUACUUUUUCCUUGCUCCAUCAGAGAAAUUGCAGCAAGUCAGUUUUUAGACUUGUUGUGUAACUUAAUACUUGUCUGAGUUUUCUAGGCCAUUUUAUAUUGCACAAAAUACUGGAGCAAAUUCAGGUUUUCAAUAUUUGCCAUACUUGUAUAUAUUUGUCUUAACCACUGUCAGCCUAAAUGUAAGUUUUAAAAGAAAAAUAGCCAAAAAACCCAAUGCUUUGAUUCAUGAAGUUGACAGCUUGUAUUCAGUAUUUGGCUCUACCUUAUGUGGCAAUCUCAAAUAUUUGAUGUGAACAAACUAUGCUGUUCAAUCAGCAUGUUUCAUCUAAUGUCAGUGAAGACUGUUGUGGCCUAUUUGUACUUACAGAAAGUUAAUUGACAGCUAAUGUGUAUUGCUUCCAAAUUCUAAAUCUCUUGUCUUUCUGGCUUUGUGAAUUAUGUCGCCCUUGUCAUAAACUCCAAAUUCAAUAUUGACAUAAGAUUGGCAUCUAAGGUUGAUAAAGCAAGGUUACAAUUGAUAACAGUAUAAACCAUGUUUGUCCAAACUAGGUUACAAAAGGCUCAAGUUAAAUGCCACAUCCAAAUCAGUAUUUUUUGUAACUGAUCCAUAUACACAGGAAAGAUAUGUAGUCUAAAGCCAUUUGAUCAGAUAUGAUCUUCAGCUAUGAAAAUAAAACUUGGUCAAAUUAUUUAUGUAACAUUUUAGCCCUACAAGUGCUUGGGCCUACUUUAGCAACCCAAUUUUGUGGUUACUUGCAGUUGCAUGUACUUUGUAGAUAGACUCUGGUUAUUAGCAAUUUAAUCUGUUGGCUUUGCUGUGGUCUUGCUAUCAAUUUGCAUAAAGUAUGCAAGACAUGGCUUGGACCAAAGGUGCCCUGAAUUCCUGCUGUAACCUAUUAUAGGUUACAACUUCCCCAUUCCUGCUGUAACCUAUUAUAUUUCAUACCGUUGAUGGAGUGUUGGCAACAAAUGACAAAGCCUGACUGAAGGCUAAUUGAAAUCCAGAAUAGGUUUAAGAUCUGGUUUUAGCUAGCAUACCUAUUUGCAUGACCUUAUGUGUUUUUACAAUCAUACUUUUCAAUAUCUUGUUUCCAAUACUGUGCUGUGAGACAAACACAAAGCAACUGAUGACUUUUUGCUGAAGAAUGUUUCCUUUACAGUGAUGUUUUUUGGAACUGUAACUUAAGGACUGAUAUUUUUUUUAAAGCUACCUCACAGUACUGUAUUGGUUUUUUGUAGCUUGUGAUUUCUGUAGACUGAAAAGAGCAAGAAUCUUUCCUAAACCUGUGACCAGAAAAGCACAAACAGACUAACAAUGUGAUUCUAAGAAUUGGAAGCAAGUCAUACUAAAUUCAGUGUGAUUUACUCCUUAGUAAAUUUGUUUAGGAUUGCAGCCUGGUCUUCCUAAUCUAGACUAAAGAAAUGAACCAUUACUCAUCAAAAUACUUUAUAUGCUGGCCUUCCCUUGGAAGAGAGUACAUUCAUUAUAUGCUUGUUUGAACAGACUCCAUGGCUACAAUCCCACCAAUCUGAAUAGAUCCCAAACUGAUUACUGACUGUGCCUGUGUGUUUACAAUUGCAAUCCGUGUUUUUCACUGUUAACUCUAUGCUCCUUUCUUUUUGCAUAUAAACCCUUUGUUUGAAACUUGCCACAAGAAAUGCUUUCAGUGGAGGUACUGAAGAUCUACUGCUGGCUCUCAUCCAAUUCCCAGUUGACUGUCUCAUAACUGGUGGUAAAGAGAUCUCCCCAAAACAGAACUUAGUUUAGCUAAAACAAUUUAGAGUACAUUCAGCCAUCAUGUUUGUUUCUUACAUGUACAGGUUUCUCUAUGCAUAAGUCAAAGGGCCAAUUAGUGCAUUAGAGUCACAUUGCUACCUACCCGUGAGAGUAUCCUAUAUCCUUAGCAACAUAUUGCUAAGGAUAUUUUGGAUAUCCUUGGAUAUUCCGAUUUUGGAAGGGCGAUAUAAAAAUUGAAUAAAUAAGGAACAACUGGGCUGAUUUAAAUAAGUUGUUGCACUCUUAGCCCAAGAUGUCAAGUGUAAGGCUGCAACAAUGUAACUCCCACCCCAAACCCCGCAGUCUACCACCUAUAUAUUAGUACUGUUGAGAAGAUAGGAGGAAGGUCUUGGAGCAGAUUCAUCCUUAAUUUUUGCACCCAAGUUCAAGGAAUCUUAAAUGGCAAGACACAUCCAAAAUACAUCUUGUGAAUUAACACAGAAGUGACUGAUGAAAGGCAUAGGUUUCCCCCUCAACAGUAUUGUAAUGAAACUCAGCUAUUUAAAAGUGUGCACCAUACAAACUUAGGUACCAGAGUUCAGAAUAUUAACAGACGUGCCUGUAGAACUACAAGUGUUAACUAUCCUUGCCAGAAAGCUGUGACUAAGCCUUCUACCUCUCAUUAGUAGUAACUUAACUGGUUUCUCUUUGCCAUGGCAUAGUUCUGGCUUUCAAUAAAAACCUUUGAGCUAAAAGUGUAGUAAGUGGACUUAAACAAGAUUACCUUCUGUGGUACUCAGCUGCAUUAUAUGAUUUAACAAUGCUGGGGAGUAAAGCCUGUGCAACUCUAAGUGAAAAUGUAAUGAAUGGGUUAUCUGACCUAAAUGGCUAAACUUGUGGCUGUGAAAAAGAGAAACAUAAUAGAUUAAAAGGAAUGUAAACUCA